AUGGCAAGCCAGCAGGGGACUACCUCGCCGCAGCCCACGAUACAGCCUUGCCGCUACAAGGUUGGAAAGACGCUCGGCGCAGGUUCGUAUUCGACCGUCAAAGAGUGCGUGCACAUAGACACAGGUCGCUACUAUGCGGCCAAGGUCAUCAACAAGCGCCUCAUGGCUGGGCGAGAGCACAUGGUCCGAAACGAGAUCGCGGUGCUGAAAAAGGUGUCGAUGGGCCACCAGAACAUCCUGACGCUGGUCGACUACUUCGAGACGAUGAACAACCUGUACCUUGUCACGGACCUGGCGCUCGGCGGCGAGCUGUUUGACCGCAUCUGCCGCAAGGGGUCGUACUUUGAGUCGGACGCCGCCGACCUCAUCCGCGCGACGCUGUCGGCCGUCGCGUACCUGCACGACCACGGCAUCGUGCACCGCGACCUCAAGCCCGAGAACCUGCUGUUCCGGACGCCCGAGGACAACGCGGACCUGCUGAUCGCCGACUUUGGCCUGUCGCGCAUCAUGGACGAGAGCCAGUUCCACGUGCUGACCACCACCUGCGGCACGCCCGGCUACAUGGCGCCCGAGAUCUUCAAGAAGACGGGCCACGGCAAGCCUGUCGACCUGUGGGCACUCGGCGUCAUCACCUACUUCCUCCUCUGCGGCUACACCCCGUUCGACCGCGACACCGACUUCGAGGAGAUGCAGGCCAUCCUCAAGGCCGACUACGCCUUCGCGCCCGUCGAGUACUGGCGCGGCGUCUCCUCCCACGCCAAGGACUUUGUCCGCCGCUGCCUCACCAUCGACCCGGCCCGCCGCGUCACCGCCCACGAGGCGCUGCAGCACCCCUUCGUCGCCGGUGACGCGCCCACCGACGGCGCCGGCGAGAACCUCCUCCCCACCAUCAAGAAGAACUUCAACGCCCGCCGCACCCUCCACGCCGCCAUCGACACCGUCCGCGCCAUCAACAAGCUGCGCGAGGCCCAGAACCUCAUGAUGGACGGCGCCCGCUCCAAGGAGCCGUCGCGCGACGCCACGCCCGCGGCCGCCGCGACGACGGCGAGGAAGGAGGACAGCGGCGUCGACACCGGUCCGUCGCCCGCACCACCGGUGGUCCCGGCGCGCGAGACGAGAGACAGCGGCUACUCGACGCAGCCCUCGGAGGGCGCUGCGGAGACGUCGCCGCCGCCGCCGGCCGACCCGGCACCGGCACCGACCAAGACUGGCGACGGCACCGACGUCACCAUGGGCGGAACGGUGAUCAGCAGCAUCCCCGCGGUGCUUCAGCCGGGCAACAUUGCCAACAAGGUAGUUCAAACAAGCAAGGGCCUCUGGGGCGGCUCGCCGGUGCGAGACUGA